UGAGGUCAGUUUGAUAUUUUUGCAAGAGAGACGAAGGUUGGAAAGUUGAUUGAUAGCUUAAUUGAAUGUGCACAGCAUAUUAAUCCAGGUCCUCUCUCCUCUUCCCUCCCACCCUCCGGCUCGACUCUUCCAUCCGAUCCUCAACCAGCCUACCAUGAGACUGAGCCCGGGCUGCACCCGCCUGUUACGUCAUCACCACACCCAACUCAAACCGAUCCUCAGCACUCAACUCCGAUCGGCCUCAACAGCUGUCAGUCGUCAGACGAAAAUCGGCCGGAGCCAGUUGGAAAGCCUCUCAAAGCUUGCUCGUCCAUCUCGUGGUUUUACCAGUGCUGCUAUCAACAUGGGCGGAGCAUCGCACGGCGCAGAAGAUACGACCAGGCCGAAACCAGAGCAAGUCCUGGUCGACAUUGCCAAGUAUGUCCAUGAUCCCAAGUUCGACGAUCCGGCUCUGGCCUACGAGACGGCGAGGCUAUGCUUGAUCGACACACUCGGAUGCGGUCUCGAGGCUCUCCGCUUUCCGACAUGCUCAAACCUGCUCGGCCCGGUGGUCGAGGGCACGGUGGUACCAAACGGGACACGAGUGCCUGGGACGGCGUUCGUCUUGGAUCCGAUCCGGGGGGCAUUCAACAUCGGGACGAUGAUCCGAUGGCUAGACUAUAACGAUUGUUUCCUUGCCGCCGAAUGGGGCCAUCCGUCCGACAACCUGGGCUCGAUCCUGGCCGUCGCCGACUGGCUGAGUCGGACGGCGGUUGCCAACGGGAAGAAACCCCUGAAGAUGCACGAUGUCUUGACGGCGAUGAUCCAAGCUCAUGAGAUCCAGGGUGGACUGGCCCUAGAGAACUCAUUCAAUCGAGUCGGCUUGGACCAUGUCGUGCUCGUCAAGGUGGCCAGUGCAGCGGUGACGAGCAAGCUGCUCGGCCUCUCCUUCGAUCAGACCAUCGACGUCAUCAGUCAAGCCUUCGUGGAUGGCCAGAGCCUCCGUACUUACCGUCAUGCCCCUAACACCGGCUCACGCAAAUCCUGGGCGGCCGGCGAUGCCUGUAGUCGGGCCGUCAAUCUGGCCCUCCUUGUCCAAAAGGGUGAGAUGGGCUAUCCCACCGUACUAUCUGCCAAAACCUGGGGAUUCUAUGAUGUUCUGUUUGGUGGGAAACCAUUCAAAUUCCAGAGACCGUUCACCUCUUAUAUUAUGGAGAACGUUUUAUUCAAGAUCUCUUAUCCCGCCGAAUUCCAUGCCCAAACGGCAGUUGAAUGCGCCCAUAUCUUACACAAAAAGCUGGUCGACAUGGGCAAGGGUUCGGAUGAUAUCAAGAGUGUCAAGAUCCGCACUCAAGAAGCUGCUAUUCGAAUUAUCGAUAAGCAAGGACCGUUGCAUAACUUUGCCGAUAGAGACCAUACAAUUCAAUACAUGGUGGCGAUUCCAUUGAUUUAUGGGAGAUUGACGACGGAAGAUUACACGGACAAAGUAGCUUCGGAUCCGCGAAUCGAUGAAUUGCGCGCGAAGAUCAGCUGCACGGAGGAGAAGAAGUACAGCGCUGAGUACCAUGCACCCGACAAACGCUCAAUCGGAAACGCAAUCACGAUCGAAUUGAAGGACGGUACGGUCUUGGACGAGGUCGAGAUCGAGUAUCCUGUCGGACACAAACGUCGUCGAGAGGAAGGAAAACCACUCUUGGACGCUAAGUUCAAGAGACACAUCGAGCCUCACUUUCCUAAGGAGCAAAUCGCCAAGAUCAUGGAAGUAGUCAAUGACCAAAAGACCUUGGAGAACUUCGACGUUGACAAGUUCAUGGAUCUCUGGGUCAAAUCUUAAGACCACAGACCAACAACCCUACAGCACGCAAACAAACAAACCAAAAAGAAGUAAAAGAUCUGCAAAGAGUGAUUGUGUAUUUUCUUUCUGUUUUAUUGAUCUCCAGCAUAGUUUCCUAAAUAUGACCUCUUGUGACAAUGUAAGCUGCCCAGAUUAUCAAAGAAAAAAAAAACUGAUGCAAUUGUUAUAGUGUUGUGUCCAUUUACUCUAUCAGAGCAUGGGGCUUAACAGGUCCUCUCAUUCAAUCAGGAAUUGAGAGUGUCAAAUGUGCUGCUCUUAUGUGCUCAAAGCAAACAGAAGCCACCUUCAGUGUGAACUGUGUAGCAUGCUAGGUAAUGGGUUUCUCAAGUCUUGAACUCUUUGCACAGCAUCAGAUAUUGAUAACAUUGUGCACCAUGAUGGGAUA